AUGAUGACAGACUGAAGCCGCAUUUUAAGGCUGUUUAUAGUCAUUCACGGGCCCUUUACGUUGUAUUUAUGUUACAAAGUUACAUACGCAGUGUAAUAAAAUAUAUCAAAACUGCUUAAACGUUCCUGUUAACCUCGCCCAUCCACGUACACGUGACGUCAGUAUCAGUUAAAUUCUGAUCCGACGAGCACGGGCCGGAAGAGGCGCGAGGAUGCGCAGAGGGAACAGCAGGGACCACUUGAAAGACGCCGGCGUUGGAUGCUGAGUCUGUGCUUUGAACCAUGACCGAGGCAGAGUUAUACACUUUGUACAAAGGCGUGUAUGUGCCGACACUGGUCCAUUCUCCAGACAGCCUCAAAUACUAUGAGGAAUUUACCUUUCGUCCAGAUGAUGUUCUCAUCGUGACUUAUCCCAAGUCUGGUACGACUUGGAUGCAGGAGAUCGUCCCUCUGAUCGUCAGUGGAGGAGAUCCAGCCUCUGUUGAGUCUCUGCCCAACUGGGACCGUGUUCCCUGGCUGGAGCAGAACCAGGCCUGCACGCUCCAUCUGGAGCAGAGGGCGUCUCCUCGCGUGUUUGUUACACACUUCCACUAUAACAUGAUGCCAGCAUCUUUCCUGGAAGCCAAGCCAAAGGUCAUCUAUGUCAUGAGGAACCCCAAGGACGUGUUCACGUCCUGCUUUCACUUUUUCGGCUCCACCUCCUUCCUGGUGAAACCAGGACCACAGAGCGAGUUCCUCCACAAGUUCCUUAACGGAGACGUCAUGUUUGGCUCAUGGUUCGACCAUGUGAAGGACUGGCUGAGUGCUGGCAGCAACGAGCGAAUCAUGUACAUCAGCUAUGAGGAGAUGAUCUUGGACCUGAAGGACUCUGUGAGCAGAAUGGCUUUGUUUUUGGAGAAGCCUCUUGAUGCUGAGGUGAUAGAGAAGAUAGCCGACCGAUGCUUGUUCAAGAACAUGAAGAAGAACAACAUGUCUAACUAUUCUAUGGUUCCUCGAGAAGUCAUAGACCAGACGAAGUCUGGAUUUCUCAGAAAAGGAAUAGCUGGAGACUGGAAAAACCAACUAACAAAGGCGGAGGCUGAGCACUUCGAUGCAGUUUACAAAGACAAAAUGAAGAAUGUCAACUAUAAAUUUGUGUGGGAAUAAAAUUCCAGCUUUUGCUGUAAAAAUGAAACAUUUUGAGUUGACAGUCACAGUUUCAAAAAUCACUAAUAUAUUGAAACCAAAAUGCAGGACAUCACUGCUAAACAUUGUCAUUAUUUUUAAUUGCAUAAGGUUUAAUUUGUGCUUUAGAAUGAUAAAACAAAUGAUGAAUGAUGAUAACAACUGUAUUAAUCUGGUUAGAGAACUAUGCAGCUAAAACGUCCUUUAGAUUAUGUUGCAACUAGUGUUUCAGCACGUACAUACGUAGACACGUAGCUUCCUGAAACCAUAAGGCUGAUGCUCACACCUACUUCUUAUCAUGAAAGUUCAGCUGUGCAGAAAAAAGAGCAAGUGUCACAGUCUAGAUCAUUUAGUCACUGUAAUCACUCAUUUCCGGUUAUUUAUUUUGUCACCACUUCCUGUCGCAGUCAUUGGUAGUUUCAGUCAGCCUUGCUCCCGGUUCUAAUCUACUCACCUGUCUGUCAUUUAGUCAUCACCAUUUAGUACUUAAGCACCACCUCUCACCCCAGCCCCUUGCCAGAUUGUCUUUUGUGUCCUUGCCAGCAAUCCAGCGUUUUGUAUCCGUGAUCUUGAAACCCGUGUAUGAUCCUGUUUUGUACCUGACCACGUCUCCAGCCCAGCCUGUGAUUAUCCUGCCCUGCCGUGAGUUGACCCUAGCCUGCCUUGUGACUACUGCUUGUCUAGCCCUGCCUGUACUGUACCUGCCUGCUCUGUGUAUCGACCUUUGCCUGCCUGACCACGAGAGCUAGUAAACUGCGUUACCACCCAGUCUUGUCUCCGCUGUGCAUGUGGGUCCGCUACCUCGAGCGCCGUGACAGCAAGUAUCAGAACAUCUGCCUCAAACGGUUCCUGUCGGUGACAUGUUGACGCUGUUCUAUUUCAAGAUGUUCCUGUCUGGUUCUGAAUGAGAAUUUAUAAGAAGUGCUUUAAUCCAUGGUUGUUUUAAAGGAAAAACUAUCAUGAUGAGUGGAAAGGACUAAUAAUCAGGAUUUUAAUCAUGCAGCAUUGCCCCAGGCAUCGUCGAUGGUCUCUAAUUAGAUUUGGUGGCACUAAAGUUGUUAUGAAGAAGCACCUCAGAGUCACAUUGCUCUGUUUGUAACAGCAUCUUUACUUCUGAUCUAUUGUAAUAAACUAUAAAUAGACGUCA